AUGAUCUCGGUUUGUUUACAAAACAUUGCACAAAAAUAUUUUCUUAAUUAUGGAUUUUAUCUGUGAUUAUUGCAGUCUAUCGUUCAAAGGACGAGGCUAUUUAAUGCGUCAUAUAGAAAUGAAGCACCAAACGUUCUCCUGUAAAGCUUGCAAUGCUGCAUUUAAGCAGAAAAGGAAUUUAAUCAAUCAUCUUCGAAAUCAUUUUGAGAAAUACAUUUGUGAAUAUUGCUCCUUGCAGUUUAAUUAUGAUAAGCUACAGCAACACAUUAUAACAGUACAUGAGCCUCACAAAAGAGAGUACACUUAUGAAUGUAGAUUCUGUGAGAGAAAAUUCCCAAGUGCUGUAUUUAGGAAUUGUCAUGAAAGAGAUGUUCAUAAAGGAAGAGAAGACAGUGCAUUUAAGUGCCUGACUUGUUCAAUUGUUUUUCUAAAAAAAGAUCAAUUAAGGCUUCAUAAUCUUGAGAAUCAUCAUAAAGGAUCUAUUUUCUUCUGUCCAUAUAAGGAGUGCGACAGAUACUUUAAAAAUGCCAAAUUACUUAAAAUUCACGAGCAAGUUCAUGGACUAGCUUCAUAUCAAUGUUCGCAAUGUGGAAGUAAAUUCAAACAGUCGUCAAAUUACUCAAAACACAAGAAGAGAUGCAAAGGAAUUGUCGAAUCCAAAGACUAUACAGAACAAGAAUUAGAACAAAUUAUAUUAAUAGCACGGAAUCAAUAUGAUGCAUUAGGUGGAAAAAUCAAACAAGAUAUAAAUACUCUUAAAAAUGAAAUAUUAGUCAAUGAUAAAGCUAUAGAUGAGCCAAUGGAACUGGACACAAAGGAAAACCAAAUUUGCAUUAAGAAAAACAAACAAAAUAAGAGUCCUGUUCUAAAAAUUGAUAAACCUCCUGAAUCACUUCUGAUCUGCGAAAUAUGCGCUGUCCAGUUCGAAAGCAAAAGAGAAUUUCGAAAGCAUGAAAGGAAAUGCAAAACUGAAUCAUCAGAAGUUAAAAUUGGAGCUCAAACUGAAAAUGUCAUUCCAAAUACAAUAGAAACUAUUAAAUGCUCAGAACUAAACUGUCAGCUUACAUUCAAGAACAAAAUUAAUCUCAAAAAGCACAUUUCACAAGUCCAUCUUAAUGAAAGAUUCUUUCAGUGUGAUAAAUGCGCGAAAUUUUUCAAAACCAAAUACCAUUUAAAGCAUCAUUUAAAAACUCACAGAGUUCCACAAAAAUGUCCAAUAUGUUAUGUAAUGUUACCGAAUCUUGAAGAUCACAUCAAAAGGCAUAAACGGCCCAAACAAGAUCCAUUUCAAUGUCCUCAAUGUAAUAGACAAUGUGCUUCAAAACAGGCACUUCAAGAGCAUAUUCAAAGAAUUCACGAGAAAAAGCCUUUGGAAAAGAUUUAUACGUGCUUGAUUUGCGAUGAAAAUUUUAUUAGAAAUUCUGAUUUACGAAGACAUUCGUUUUUGCAUUAUCAAGGAAGAGUUUACUCAUGCAUUCAUCCAGGAUGUUCAGAAAUGUUUAAAACAAGCUAUAAGCUGCAACUUCAUCAGACUGUCCACAAUGAAAGGAAUGAGAAAUCAUUUAAAUGUGACAUUUGUGAUAAAAGAUACUCAAGACAAACUGGAUUAUAUAAACACAGAAAGAUCCAUUUUAAAGGCUAAGGAAUAAAA